AGUUCGAGGAGGGCGCCCUACCGCUAGAGUAGGAGGCCAUGCUCCAAGCCAAGCCUACCCUAGGCUGCUGCUCAGAUACCGAAGUGUGUCCAGAUUAUACGCACGGUGCGGAGAUGUUUGGCCAUCUUCAGCCUCCCGGGGGGAACCCCUGUCCAGGAGGGCUUUGAGCCCCGACUGCCUCCAACCCACGCGCACAGGGGGCGUACACGUGGUGACCUGCCCCGGGCAGUGUUCCUGGCUCCGGCUCCUCCUCCCUCCAGCUCUCAGCUUUCUGCAGUAUCACGUGCAGCCGCGCCGGGUGCAGGAUGGCGGCUGCGGCGGCGGCGGCAGCAGCAGCGGUGGGUGUCGGACUCCGGGACUGCUGCAGCCGCGGCGCUGUACUCCUGCUCCUCUUCUCCCUGUCUCCUCGACCCCCGGCCGCUGCUGCCUGGCUGCUAGGCCUGCGACCAGAGGACACCGCUGGAGGCCGCGUGUCCCUGGAGGGGGGCACUCUGCGCGCGGCGGAAGGCACCAGCUUCCUCCUGCGCGUCUAUUUCCAGCCUGGGCCCCCAGCGCCAGCGGCGCCGGUGCCCGCACCCACCGUCUCCCCUGGGGAGAACGGCACCGGCGACUGGGCUCCACGGCUUGUAUUUAUCGAAGAGCCCCCGGGCGGGAUUGGUGUGGCGCCCAGCGCGGUCCCCACGAGACCCCCGGGACCGCAGCGCUGCCGGGAGCAGAGCGACUGGGCGUCCGACGUGGAGGUCUUGGGACCCCUACGCCCCGGGGGCGUGGCGGGCUCGGCCCUGGUGCAGGUGCGAGUGCGGGAGCUGCGCAAGGGCGAGGCGGAGCGGGGAGGCGCGGGCGGUGGCGGGAAGCUCUUCUCGCUGUGCGCCUGGGAUGGGCGCGCUUGGCACCACCACGGCGCCGCCGGCGGCGUCCUGCUGCGCGGCCCCCCCUACGGCCCAGGCGGGGACCUGCUGCCCCCCGCGUGGCUGCGAGCGCUCGGGGCGCUCCUGCUGCUCGCCCUGUCUGCUCUGUUCAGCGGCCUGCGCCUGAGCCUGCUGUCGCUGGACCCGGUGGAGUUACGGGUGCUGCGGAACAGCGGCUCGGCCGCCGAGCAGGAGCAGGCGCGCCGCGUGCAGGCUGUGCGCGGCAGAGGGACCCAUCUGCUCUGCACCCUGCUCCUGGGCCAAGCCGGAGCCAACGCGGCCCUGGCGGGCUGGCUGUACGCCUCGCUGCCGCCGGGCGUCGGGGUCACGGGGGAAGACUACAGCGAGGCAGGGGUUCACUUCCCGUGGCUGCCCGCGCUCGUGUGCACGGGCGCCGUGUUCUUGGGCGCCGAGAUCUGCCCUUACUCGGUGUGUUCGCGGCACGGGCUGGCCAUCGCCUCGCACAGCGUGUGUCUGACCAGGCUCCUGAUGGCGGCGGCCUUCCCAGUGUGCUACCCGCUGGGCCGCUUGCUGGACUGGGCGCUGCGCCAGGAGAUCAGCACCUUCUACACGCGGGAGAAACUGCUGGAGACGCUGCGGGCCGCGGACCCUUACAGCGAUUUGGUGAAGGAGGAGCUCAACAUCAUCCAGGGAGCCCUGGAGCUGCGCACCAAGGUGGUGGAGGAGGUGUUGACCCCUCUCGGAGACUGCUUCAUGCUGCGCUCUGACGCGGUGCUCGACUUCGCCACCGUCUCUGAGAUCCUGCGCAGCGGCUACACUCGCAUCCCAGUAUACGAGGGCGACCAGCGGCACAACAUUGUGGACAUUCUGUUUGUCAAGGACUUGGCCUUCGUGGACCCCGACGACUGCACCCCGCUCCUCACCGUCACUCGCUUCUACAACCGGCCCCUGCACUGCGUCUUCAAUGAUACCCGGCUGGACACGGUGCUGGAGGAGUUUAAGAAGGGAAAAUCGCACCUGGCCAUUGUCCAGCGGGUGAAUAAUGAGGGAGAAGGGGACCCCUUCUAUGAGGUCAUGGGCAUUGUCACGCUGGAGGACAUCAUAGAGGAGAUCAUCAAGUCAGAGAUCCUGGAUGAAACUGACCUGUACACCGACAAUCGGAAAAAGCAGAGGGUACCACACCGGGAGAGGAAGCGGCAUGACUUCUCCUUGUUCAAGCUCUCUGACUCGGAGAUGAGGGUGAAGAUCUCGCCACAGCUUCUGCUGGCCACCCACCGCUUCAUGGCCACAGAAGUAGAGCCGUUUAAGUCUCUGUACCUUUCGGAAAAGAUCCUGCUCCGGCUCUUGAAGCAUCCCAACGUGAUCCAGGAGCUGAAGUUUGACGAGAAGAACAAGAAGGCCCCGGAGCACUACCUGUACCAGCGCAGCCGCCCAGUGGACUACUUCGUGCUGCUUCUGCAGGGUAAAGUGGAGGUGGAGGUUGGGAAGGAAGGCCUUCGCUUUGAGAAUGGAGCCUUUACCUACUAUGGCGUCCCAGCCAUCAUGACUACUGCUUGCUCAGAUAAUGACGUGCGGAAGGUUGGGAGUCUGGCUGGAUCCUCCGUCUUUCUGCCUGUCUCUGUGUCUCGUACCUUCGCCUUCAGCAGAGGGGACUCUCUGGCAGGCUCCCCAGUAAACCGGUCCCCUUCUCGCUGCAGCGGGUUGAAUCGCUCCGAGUCUCCAAACCGCGAGCGCAGCGACUUUGGGGGGAGCAACACGCAGCUGUACAGCAGCAGCAACAACCUCUACACGCCCGACUACUCGGUCCACAUCCUCAGCGAUGUGCAGUUCGUGAAGAUCACGCGGCAGCAGUACCAGAACGCGCUCACCGCCUGCCACAUGGACAACUCGCCCCAGUCCCCCGACAUGGAGGCCUUCACUGACGGAGACUCCACCAAGGCCCCCACGACCCGGGGCACACCCCUGACCCCCAAGGACGACCCUGCUGUCAUGCUCCUAAACAACAGGAGCAGCCUGCCGUGCAGCCGCUCGGAUGGGCUGAGGAGCCCUGGCGAGGCCGUGUACCUGAGGAUGGAGGAGAUGGCCUUCACGCCAGAGGAGACGGCGCCCUCACUGUCACCUGCAGCUGCUCCCACAAGAGCAGCGUCAGACAGUGACUGCUGUAAUGUUAACCUGGAUGCAGAGACCAGCCCUUGCAGUAGCGACUUCGAGGAAACCAUGGGCAAGAAACUGCUGAGAACCUUGAGUGGUCGAAAAAGGAAGAGGUCAUCGGAUGGGGAGAGAACCUCGGAGGAGAACUCCAAUUUAACGCCUCUCAUCACAUGACCGGGCAAAGACGGCAUUCGUGGGGCGUGUGGGAUUCCAGAGCUUUGGGGGAGAACCCACCCUCUCACCCUCUGCUUCCCCGAGGCCUCCCCCAGGUGACAGAGCAUCUGCCUUCCUCUCCACCCCUCGCUGCCAGUUUGGCGCCUUUUCCCUCAUUGCCUCCAGUUGGAUUCAGAGCCUCGCCGUGGCCAGUAGAGAAGGAGGUGCCUUUAAUGGAACAUGCUAGAAAUGAUCUUGUCCACGGCACGGUCUGGGACUGGAGAAGAGGGAACCCCAAGCUGACAGUGCCACUCUGGGACCCCUGGUGUUCUCUGGGGUCCCCUGAUACCAUAUGAGACCCAUGUCCUGGGACGCACCAUUCUGUCCUCCAGAGCAAAAUGGUAACUUUCGACCACAUCUCAUACUUAGCUUAGCUCAGAGGGCGCCGCUGGCAGCCGGGCACCGAGGUGGAGCUCAAGUGUGCAGGCUAGUUCAGGGGCUGGACCAAGAAUUCCUCUCGAGCGUUAGAGCAAUAGGCCUCGGCCACGUUGGUGGGUGACGUGACAGUGCAGUCGGUGACUGGUUUCCUGUCACAGAAGGGUCCCAGCAGCUCGCUGAAGUGUGUCUCAGCUGGAAUGGAAGGAAUGUGAGAGGGAACCUCAAGUCACUGUUGUUCCCAGGGACACAUCUGCUUUGGCUCCUGGUCAGCAGACAUCAGUCAAUCAAUCUGCUAUGGAAAAGGAGAAGCAGAGGGACGCAGUUGGGAGCCAGAGAUGGAACUUCACGUUUUAAGUGCAAAUCAAA